UCGGUAAGGGAGAUUGAUGAAGGUUUCAAGACUAUGGUUGCAAGCAUUGGAGACGAACCUUUCCCUAAUCCUCUUCCUCCUACUGAUCAGUGCGGUCGGUUCCAAGAGUGUCGUCGAAGACUCAGAUAACGAGCUCCUAACCACAAUAGUUACCGUGCUAACCACACUUUCCAGUAAGUUUUAUCAAAAGAUGCGACACCUUCGUAAAAAGAUGAAUUCGGUCAUCUCGGUGAAAAGAACAGAGACGGUAAGGUUGUUGGCAUGCUUGUGGAUGCUUCCACCCAUGGUAUUCGACGCUGACGCUCCAAGUUUUCGCGGAGAAAUCAAAAACCACAUAAAAUCUAUGUGCCAAGAAGAUGAUCAUCUUUACCGGAUUUUUGUAUCAUCAAUAUCAACUCCUGCAAAUUUCGUUGUUCUUCUUUCCACGAAAUUGGAAGAAUACAAACAAGAGUUCGAUAAUGUCCGCAGUAUCUGGGCUAGAGACUAUUGGAAGGCGUGCCUCAAUGGGGAAGUGCUGGGCGAAGAUGAUAUUAUAGAUAGAGAAAAUUAACUACUUGUAGGCGGGUUUAAGGAUGCUGCCUUCACUACUUUGUUUUCGCCUCUUUGUUACUUUGUUUCUCGAUCUAGCUAGUGUCUUUCUUUGUUACCUUGUUUUUCAAUUUAUUGUCUUCUAUGGUUCUUUGUUA